AUGUCACAGGUCAACUCCAAGGAGCUGAUACAAAGAGCUCUUCCAGAGCUCCAGCUGACCCAGUUUGGUACGAAAUCUCCAGCCUGGCACAGCAUUAAGUUUCAGGGUCGCCUGGUUCAGUGGCCCAAUUUUCGCCAACAUGUUUCUCAGAGGUACCGUUCUGAGAAUUGGGCCGGAACCGCGUUAUCCUACAAGACCCGUGUAAAAUACACAACUGAUGCUAAUCUCGAGAGCGAGAACUUUAGGGUGGGAGAUGAGCACGGCGUGCAGGGCAGGAUGGCCCACGGCAUUGGCCAUCAUCUCAACGCCAUCUUCACGACGCAGAAAGUCGAUCUGAUGCUGGCUGAUUUCAAAUGUUCGGCUAUGGCUACCGCAUACUCCAAGGUUCCAGAUAUGGCGCUCAUCACUAGGACUGGAUCUCUGAAGGCAGUUGGCGAGCUCAAGACUCCGUGGAUCGAAAGCCAUGAUCUCGGGAAACUGGAACUGGAGACAGAUUUCCUGCCUACAGAAUUCGGCCAAGUUGCUUCAUACAUGUAUGAUAUCAAGACCAACUACGCAUUCCUUUCAACCUACAACUACACCAUUUUCUUGAGGAGUAUAUAUACCAACGGACAAUGGGAGCUUCAAUACUCCCCCUCGAUUCAUUUUACGUCUAGCUGGGGCAACUCAACGCCGACUCUUUCGGUUUCAGUGAGGCAGUGCUUCUACCAUUGGGCCCUACUUGCAGGGGCCGUCCCCCUACACGCCUUGACAAUGAGUGACCAUAUGUCGCGGGAAGACUGGGCUGACACCGUGACUGCCUAA